UUAGUGACAGAGGUUACCGGAUAUUCAGCGCGAGCCUGUUAAUUUACUCAGCAACAUGACAGCCAGAUACGACAGAGCAAUUACAGUUUUCUCGCCGGAUGGACACUUAUUUCAAGUUGAAUAUGCACAGGAAGCAGUCAAGAAAGGGUCUAUGGCUGUUGGUGUUAGAGGUAAAAACAUUGUUGUCCUUGGUGUAGAGAAGAAAGCUGUAGCGAAACUACAAGAAGACAGAACUGUCAGAAAAAUAGCAUUAUUGGAUGAUCAUGUUGCUUUAGCUUUUGCAGGUUUGACAGCUGAUGCUAGAAUUCUGAUAAAUCGAGGACGAAUUGAAUGUCAGAGCCAUAAGUUGACAGUAGAGGAUCCUGUUACAUUAGAGUAUAUAACCAGACAUAUAGCACAAUUAAAACAGAAAUAUACACAGAGUAAUGGACGACGACCAUUUGGGCUGUCAGCAUUGAUUAUAGGUUUUGAUUUUGAUGGAACACCAAGAUUAUAUCAGACAGACCCCUCAGGAACAUACCAUGAAUGGAAAGCAAAUGCAAUUGGAAGAAGUGCAAAGACUGUUCGUGAAUUUUUAGAGAAACAUUACACAGAAGAAGUAGCAGCUAACGAUAAGGAAUGUAUCAAACUGGCACUGAAAGCUCUGUUAGAGGUGGUGCAAUCUGGUGGAAAGAAUGUAGAAUUAGCUAUAAUGAGAGAAAAACAACCUUUAAAGAUGUUAGAAUUAGAUGAAAUAGAAAAAUACAUUGCUGAAAUUGAAAAAGAAAAGGAAGAAGAAGCAGAAAAGAAGAAACAAAAGAAAUAGUGCUAAUAAUCUGACUUAUCAUUUUACAGGAAUUGUUCUCAUUGUCAUUGUUAUCAUAAUAAAGUAAUGAUUUCCUA